CACUGCCACCCCUUUAAGACGAGUUCCGUCCCGAAGAUCAAACGAAGCACCUUUUCCAUCACGGACGCUAUUGCCUACCUACAGUUUCUUGGGGAGAGAGAGAACCUCGGGGACCCUGGCCCUCUCACGGGGCUUCGUGGCACAUUAGGAAAAACACUUGUUGGCCAUCGGUUUCAUUGUCCUUGAAAGAAAACCUUCAAACUUCUUGUCUGACUGAACAAACUUGAAUUUUGGGCACAGGUUUAACUACACUGUACCCUGAACAUCUGGCAACACCCUUCAGGUCUCAUAUCACUUGAAUAUUAUUUUGUAUCAUUCAUUAAAUGUGUAUAUUUCACAUCUUUCUUAUAAGACUGGAAGUUCCUUGAGGGUAGGAAAUUGUCUUGUCUAAACUUUGUAUUUCCCCCAGCCACCUCUAGGGUGAUACAUAAUUUAUUGAAUUGAAAGUUGAAGAUUGUAUUAGCAAAUGACUGACCAGGAUGGGAAUAAAUAAUUUAUUGAAUUGAAAGUUGAAGAUUGUAUUAGCUGACCAGGAUGGGAAUGACCAUGGGGGUGCUCAAUUCUUUAUAGAGUUGACAGCUGUGUUAAAAUGAUUCUUGGCUAUGUUUAGGACACAAUGUAGUCAGAUAAUAUCAAAAGGCUAAUUCAGAUGGGAAUAUAAUAGGCCAAAAUACACAUCUUUUAAUAUUGGUGGUAGGGAGUUUGGUCCUUGUAUACCUUGCAGAUUUCAGCAGGCAUGAGUCAAGUGGGAAGUCCCAGCGAUGCUAGAAUGGUGAUGGAGUGGCAAAUGACCCAGAAGUAAGGUGGUUAAAGGUCACAAACGAAGACAAAGGAGACGUUCAACUUCUCCGACUCAAGUUCUGCCUCUUGGGGAGAAUCAUGAUAACUUUGAUUACUGAGCAACUACAGAAGCAGAGUUUGGAGGAAUUGAAAUGCACAUGUUUCAGGAUCAGUCUGCCUUUGCCGGAUCAUUCUGAUGUCUCUACCUGUGGGGACUCUUUCCAGCUUGUUUCAGAAGGUGCUUCCUGGAGGGGCCUGCCUCCCUGCCCCUGUGCCGGGCUCAAGGACAGCCUUAGUCUCAGCUACCACCAAUCUAGUCUGAGCUUGCACUUCAAACCUCCAAGCCGGGGAAACUCCCCACAGGAGAAACCCCACUGCCAGGGCCUUUCCCCAGAGUCUCCAGGCUCAGAGAAAGUUCCUGUCCCUCCUGCCCCUCCAUCUAAGAGGCAUUGUCGAUCUCUCUCAGUACCUGUGGACCUGUCUCGAUGGCAGCCUGUGUGGCGGCCUGUUCCUUCCAAGUUGUGGACUCCUAUCAAGCGUCAAGGCAGUAAUGGAGGAGUGGGUGGGCCACUGGUACCGCAUCAGAGUUCCUCCCCCAAGCGGGUCUCCAGCCUCAGGUUCCUCCAAGCCCCGAGUGCCUCUCUUCAGUGUGUCAAGGCCAACAGAUCCUGCAGCCCACCUUUCUUCAGUUUGGCCCUGACCCAUCAUGAUUCCCCAAGACCCUGUGCUGCAUCCCCUCCCAGUGGAUCAUGGGAGAGUGAUCAUGAGCCCCUGUCCCCCUUCCCUCCACAGCGCCGCUUCUCCUUGUCCCCCAUCCUCAUCCCACAGGCAGGCCGGUUCCUGCCCUCUGCCCGGAGUUCCCCCUCAUCCUCCCCAGAGCUGACCUGGCGACCCCAUGGUCUUCCCCGAAGCCGCUCGCAGCCUUGUGACCUGGAUGCAAGAAAGGGUGGGGUUAAACGGCGCCAUGAUGAUGACCCCAGGCGUCUUCGACCCUCACUGGACUUCGAUAAGAUGAAUCAGAAACCGUAUUCAGGAGGUCUCUGUCUCAUAGAUACAGCCCAGGAAGGCAACAGCAUCUCCCCACCAUGGUUCAUGGCCUGUAGCCCUGCACCCCUCUCUGCCUCCUGCAGCCCCCUCGGCGGAUACUCCCAGGUUCUGAGUGAAAGUGAAGAGGAAGAAGAGGGGACCCAGAGGUGGGACCGAUCCCUUUUUACCAAGCGGACACUGUGCCAACAGGACUUUGGUGACCUGGACUUGAAUCUGAUUGAGGAGAACUAGAGCUGAGAUGCUGCUUCUUGGGGGGAAAGCAAACUUCAUGUCUACUAACAAGUGAUGAGGCCUCCAGGCCAGAGACUAAACCUGGGAACUGGGGUGAGUUGAGGGCUCCAGUUCUGGGCAGCUGGGAUCCAGCACGCACCAGGAAGUUCCACAGUGCAGACCGAACAGCUCAAUGAGAAGAGCCAAGUUUGGUUAUGGGAGGGCAAGGGGUCAGAUGGUAUAGAGCUCACCUUCUAUUGAAAGUUUUAGCUAAAAUCUGAGAAGGGCUACUAUCUGUGUUAUCAAGAGAGCUGUGACGAAGUCUAGAGGAGGGCUUUGUAAUCCUGUUGUGUGUCUGUAUGAGGAUGUUCACAACCUUCUUUGACUUGAGGGAUCCUAUCAGGUCUUAGAAUUUGGCCAAGAUGUCAGAUGAUUGAGUGUGAGAGAGAGAGAGACAGAGAGAGUGUGAGUGUGUGUGUCUGUCUGUCUGUGUGUGUUGGGGAUGGGGGUGGGUGGUGGGAUUGUGUAUAAGCAGUCCUAGAGAAAAUGUGGCUGGCCCACCUUGGAGUAUCAAGUGGUCUAUAAGAUCCCAUGUUUUAAUGAAAAUUUAGGGGGAAAUCUCUAAAUGGGAGAAAUGAGGACCCUGUUUAGGGCAACCUCCUUCCAAUUCUGUUCUUUCCUAACUGGUCAUGUGCUGGUAUAUGGUCAACUGUCCCUCUGGUUCACUAUGUUUCUAUUUUGGGUGGAAGCUUGUUCUUUGGUGGGGCUACUGCCCUAAAGUUGGGGACUCACAAAGAUGUUCCCUGUUGAAGGAUUGUCCUAAAACGUGCUAUUAGCCUCCCAACUCUGGAUAGUACCAGCUGUUGGGGGUAAGUAUAUACACCCCAUUUUGGUCAAAGCCAACCUUUUGAUCCCCUGUCAGAAUGAUCUUAGAAUUCUGCUCCCCAACCCUUCUUUUGUAUACACAUCUGGUAAACGUGGGGGAGGGGACACAGAAGAGUGGCAGUGGCUAUGGUAACCCUGCAUGUUCAUUUCUCCCUUUAUCCCUGCUUUGUGAAAAGAGUGUCCAUUAUGGAUACCUUUUCUCAUUGGCUUUCCCUACCCUCCACCUCUACCCCUUUCGUUAGUCUGGGAGAGGGAAGCUUGGGAAGGCACCCCUUCCUGUUCCAGAUCAGAUUCACCGGCCUCCAUCUUCACCAAGAACUGAUGAGCACAGCAGCAGGAGGAGUGACAGCAGGUCCCAGCUGGCUUGGGUGAGCUCACCACAUCACAAACAUUUGAAAGCAGAUGGGGAGGACAGGGGUGGGGUGGGCAGGAGGGAAGUCACUCUUAGACCCAAGCCUAGCCUCUGGGCCCAGUUGCUAAGCUUGACCCCAAGAGGGAGUUGGCAUUGACUAUGUUGGAUUACACUAAACUCCAGCUAGGAAAUGUUAUUGUUUCUAAUUGGCCCUGGGAGAUUGUAGGGAGGUUGGGUCUCAUUGAGGGAAUUAAUUGGCUGCAGAUUUUGAAGCAAAACCUGAGAGAAACAGCUGGGAUUUUUUUGUUUGUUUUGUAUUAUAUUCUAUCCAGUGACCUGAGCCAGAACAUCAGGCCCUGUUGGUAGUGGUGAGGCUUUUAAGGGCUAUGCUGGUGACAGUGGGCAUCACCUUUCUCUGCUGCUGUACCUGCUACCACAGUUGCUCAGUAGAUAGUUCAUCCAGCAUUUGACUGGGUAUAAGAUUAAGAACCUUGCCUUUCCCAUUAUAAGAUAUUGGGGCGGGGGUUAUUUCCUCUUUUAGUUAAUAAGAUGUGCUAGGUCUUUCUAAGUCCUCAUCUCUGGAGGCUUCAUAUGGGUUUGAACCUGCCAUUUCUUCUGCUUCUCACAUUCUCAUAAUAGUAACACCAGUGAGAGAUGCUGAUUCUUGGGAUCCAAGGGAUCCUAUAGUAGGUGCUAAAAGGACUUUGCUGAGCUGGGCAUGACUAUUAAGGUUUCUCUACCUUCUUUCUCUUCACUGUCCAUACCUGAUUUCAUCUACACCUGACCAUUUCUCCUUUUCUUAAGUUUCUCCUGGCUAUAAAUGGGGGUGCAAGCUUGAUAAAAGACUGGAAAAUACAAUGCUGGAAAUUCAGUUCUUUGUUUUUUUCCCUCCUGCUUUUGUUUCUUCCUGCUUUUCUCCUUCAGGUCAAAAUUUCUUCUAGUCCUGGCUUCUACUAUUUUCAGCAUCAUUUCCCUAUCUCAUCACCUAGGGAGUGCUUUUCUUCUGUUGAUGAUUUACUUAAUCAUCUGAUGUCUCCUCCUGAAGGGGGAGAUAUCUCUUAGUAUGAAAAAGGAGGGUUGAAAAUUUGCACCCUUGACCUGACUCUCCUAUUGCCUAGGGGGUGGGGGGGUGGGGUAAACAAUUUAAUUGGGGGGGGGGAGCCCAUAGGUACAAUACCAUUUAAAAUUGAAAAGCCUGAAAGUGUUUUUAUGAAAUCUACUGGAACCACUGCCUUGCCCCAGGACAAGUCUUCUUAAAGAAGUGGUGGAUUUGCUUUACAGAAUAUAUUCCUGAAAAAAUUUGUGUAACCUGGAUCCCUAUUUUAAAUACCCUAAAGGGAGUUCACCAUUUUAAAGCAUCCUGAAGCUAAUUUUUAUCAAAAAAAAAAUCCCCUUUCAAUUGCUCUUAUAUUGUAAAUCUAGAUUUUUCACAUAUUGGGUUUGCCUAACAUAGGGGUACCCUUGUACCAUAUUUAUAGUGGGCGUUGCUGGGUGAAAGUCUCCAUCUGUGAAUGUGUUGGGUUGUUUGGCUGACCCAUGGGUGAGUAUUUCUAUGUGUGUGAUUGAAGCUGCUGUAAGACUGGUGCUUUCAUCCUCCUCAACCUUCCUGUCCCCUGGUAACUGCCCAGCAGCAGCCCCUGCUGCCAUGUACACACUCCCACCUGCUGCCAAAGUCCCUGUGCUAAUGGGAUUAAAACCCACACAACAAAAGAAAAUUUUGGUAACUUUGUUUUAUAUUAAAAGAAAAAAGUCUGUGUGUAUUAAACAUGAGGUCCUGCCUCUGUGGCUGUGUUUGAAAAAAUAAAGUUUUAUUAGAAUAAGUUUUUCCCAAGCAA